CUCCAAUAGAAUUAUUAAGACGAUAGUAGAAACCGCCUUCACUUUUUCGUUUUUGGCAGGGCAAUGGGUAUUUUCUCCCUUAGGCCUUUUGCCGCAAUUUCUGUACUUUAGAUCGCCACCUCUUUCCUUUUAAUCUCAACUGGUGGUUUUUUUCUGCGACUUUGAAUUUGUCUUGUAUAACGACCCGCUUCCACUUCCCUGCUCCCCUCCGAUUCCGUCAUCAUCAUCAUCAUCACCCCUCCACCGAUAUUUUCCCUCUACCGCUAGAGAGAGCUCUUAACAAUGCUGUGUCGACAACGCUUUGCGCGGCAAGUUGCCGUAAGAGCGCCCUCCAACUUUGCGCCUAGGCUUCGUCCCCAUUUCGUAUCCCGCCUUUACUCAAUAAAUACCUCCAGCCGAUCCACCGAAAGUACGAUCGCGUGCUCCAGGCCGACGAUACCCUCAACACAUGGCGUCUUGUUAAGGUCAAGCUUCUCUACCUCAGCUAGUAGAAGGAAAGACAAAAAAGACAGCGACUUCUUCGAUGGACCAGUAGAACCAUUGUCAGAGGAAGAGGCGAAAGCAAACCAGGAGAAAAAGAAGAAGACGGAGAAAGCGGAGAAGGUAGAGAAGGCAGAAGAAUCUAAAAAGGAAGUAAGCGAGGCGAGAAGCUCCAAUGAGGAACCUCCGCCGUCUGGCAAGGGUCAAGGAGAAUCGCACGAUGCUAAAGAUGCUAAAGACGGCAAAGAGGGAAAGGAUGGAAAGGGAAGCAGUGCAGCAGGAGGUUCAUCAUCCGGGUCAGGUAAUGAUGCGCCUGGAGACGGCAGCCGAAAAGGUCGUAAGUCGGCCGACAAGGCGCUGCAGAAACCUGUAGUGCCCGACGUAUACCCCCAGGUUAUGGCGAUCCCUAUAGCGAAGCGACCUCUAUUUCCCGGCUUUUACAAGGCAAUCACCAUCAAGGACCCCCACGUCUCAGCCGCCAUAUUAGAGAUGAUUAAGAGAGGUCAACCUUAUGUUGGCGCAUUCUUAUUCAAGGAUGAAAAUGCCGACGAGGAUAUUAUUAGAGACCCGGCCGACGUCUACGAUACUGGCGUCUUUGCCCAAGUUACGAGCGCAUUCCCAGUACACGGAGAACAGAACAGUCUCACGGCUAUUCUAUAUCCCCACCGUCGCAUAAAACUAUCCACUCUUAUACCCCCUAGCACCAACGAGCCUAAGAAGGCAGAUUCCGAACCAGAGCCUAUCCCUGAACCGAUACCGCAAAAAACAGAAGAGGAACCGCAAACAGAGAAGAAGGGUGAUGUAGUCGCAAGCUUUGAAGAGAGCGCUGUGGCCCAAAAGGGUGACGGUACGGCUGAGAAAUACGAACCUACGUCGUUCCUACGAAAGUACCCGGUCAGCCUAGUCAACGUGGACAAUUUGUCUGAAGAACCAUUCGAUCCCAAAAGUCCAGUUAUUCGGGCGGUCACAAACGAAAUUGUCAACGUGUUUAAAGAAGUCGCCUCGAUGAAUAGUUUAUUUAGAGAUCAAAUAUCAACAUUCUCUAUGAGCCAGUCUUCAGGAAACGUCAUGUCGGAACCGGCCAAAUUAGCAGACUUCGCAGCAGCUGUAUCUGCCGGAGAACCAGCGGAACUACAAGAUGUUCUCGAAAGUCUAAACGUCGAGGAUCGAAUGCAAAAGGCUUUAGUGGUUCUCAAGAAGGAGCUUAUGAAUGCACAGCUCCAGUCGAAAAUUACGAAGGACGUGGAGCAGAAAAUCACAAAGCGACAACGAGAAUACUGGCUGAUGGAACAAAUGAAGGGCAUUCGCCGCGAAUUAGGUAUCGAGUCCGACGGUAAGGACAAACUCGUUGAGAAAUUCAAGGAGCGGGCCGACAAGCUAGCUAUGCCCGAAGCAGUCCGAAAGGUGUUUGAUGACGAGAUUAACAAGCUCGCUCAUCUCGAACCUGCUGCUUCCGAGUUCAACGUGACGAGGAACUACUUGGAUUGGUUAACGCAAGUCCCCUGGGGACAGCGAAGCGCCGAAAACUUUGGAAUACAAAAUGCGAUGAAGGUUUUAGAUGAGGAUCACUACGGACUUAAGGAUGUUAAAGAUCGUAUCUUGGAGUUUAUCGCUGUCGGUAAACUCAGAGGUACUGUUGAAGGCAAAAUCUUAUGUUUCGUGGGACCUCCAGGUGUUGGCAAGACAAGUAUAGGCAAGUCGAUUGCCAGGGCCUUAAAUCGUCAAUACUACAGAUUCAGUGUAGGUGGUCUCACGGAUGUGGCCGAGAUCAAGGGUCACCGACGGACAUACGUCGGCGCCCUUCCCGGACGAGUCAUUCAAGCUUUAAAGAAAUGCCAAACUGAAAAUCCUCUGAUAUUGAUCGACGAAGUUGACAAGAUUGGUCGAGGCUAUCAAGGCGACCCCUCUUCGGCUCUCCUAGAGCUACUCGACCCAGAGCAAAAUAAUUCUUUCCUAGAUCACUACAUGGAUGUUCCCGUCGAUCUUUCAAAGGUUUUGUUUGUCUGCACAGCAAAUAUGACCGACACGAUACCCAGACCCCUCUUGGAUCGUAUGGAAGUCAUCAGACUCUCCGGUUACGUUUCCGACGAGAAGAGAGCAAUUGCAGAUAAAUAUCUCGCCCCUGCAGCAAAGGAACUUGCUGGAUUGAAGGAGGCCGAUGUUAUCCUGACGGACGAGGCUAUCGAUGAGUUAAUCAAGUCGUACUGUCGCGAAUCGGGCGUUCGGAACCUAAAGAAGCAGAUCGAAAAGGUCUAUCGCAAGUCAGCCCUGAAGAUUGUUCAAGAAUUAGGUGAGGAUGUUUUGCCCGAGUCUGCAGCUCUCACGGACGAUGGCAAGGCAGCAUUAGAGGAAUCGGAGAAGAAGAAGGAAGAGAGGGAGGAACAGGACUCAACCUCUCCCGAGGCAUCCGAGAAAGAAACUACAGAGAAGCCGCGUGUAGCCCUCAAGGUGCCCGAUUCGGUUCAUGUUGAGAUCAGCAAGGAAAACCUCAAGGACUACGUUGGUCCUCCCAUAUUCACUUCCGACCGUCUGUACGACGUGACGCCACCUGGUGUUGCGAUGGGUCUCGCGUGGACCCAACUAGGCGGCUCUGCCAUGUACAUAGAAUCCAUUCUGCAGUCUGCAUUGAGACCCAGUAGCCGCGCGGGCCUGGAGAUCACGGGUAACCUUAAGACAGUUAUGAAGGAGUCGUCCUCGAUCGCCUAUUCUUUCGCCAAGGCGUUUAUGGCUAAGCAGUUUUCCGACAACCACUUCUUCGACAAGGCCAAAAUUCACCUACACGUGCCAGAAGGGGCAGUGCAGAAGGACGGACCAUCAGCUGGCAUCACUAUGGCGACAUCGUUCUUAUCAUUGGCACUAGAUGCCCCAGUCAACCCCACAAUUGCGAUGACUGGCGAGCUUACCUUGACCGGUAAAGUUCUUAGGAUAGGAGGUCUGCGGGAGAAGACGGUUGCGGCAAGGCGGGCUGGUUGUAAGAUGAUCAUCUUCCCAGCGGAUAAUAUGUCCGACUGGCUAGAGCUUCCUGAGAACAUCAAAGAGGGUCUCGAGGGCCGUCCGGCCAACUGGUACGGUGAAGUCUUCGACCUCGUCUUCCCCAAUCUGGACCGGGAACAAGCGAAUCGAUGCAAGAUCUGCGAAUGGAAGAAGGAGCACGACGCUAAAGCGGAGAGCGAAAAAGACGAAUAGGAGACGAGGCGGAGAUCGGAGUGACUGGUACACUCCCACGGCAUUCCCACAGCCCCAUCGUCGACAUGCAUAUUUUAUAGACAUUUAACAGUAAUGCAUUUGCGGGAUUGGGCCAUCAGACGGGCGUUUAGGCGGCAAGACAAUGACUCGACGAAACGGCUUUGGAGGAUGGAAAAAAGCCCAUGAUCCAAACCCACUAACCACUAACUACUAACCAA